CAGUUGACUUGAUUUAAUAUAACUUUUAGGUUAUUUUUAAGAAAAUACAAUAAUCUUUGUAAAUUGGUGUUAAAUAGAGUUGAAUUAUCUUACUUGUUAUGUAUGUAACAAAGCACAAGUAAGUUAUCCGCAGAAUUAUAAAAUUUUGGCUCCUAAAAUGAGUUCAAAUUUAUUAAAUGUAUUUAAAAGACUCAACAUAACAGCGGCUACCCAAAUUCGGCUAUGUUCCUCAGUCUCAAAUGUAGUUCCAGACAACAGGGAUAUAAGCGUAACCAAAAAAGAAUGGAAAUUUCCGCCUCAAUACACAAAACCCCGUGAAGUAUGGAUUGAGAAUCUAGAUACCAUAGAGGAGAAAAAGCUUGGGCUUUUCGAACUCCAUCCGUUAGUAUAUGCUACAGUCCCUCGUAUAGACCUCAUUCAUCGCAAUGUUGAAUGGCAGAAGAAAUACCGAUGGGUAUCAUGGGCGCAUACCAAGACAAGGGCUGAAGUCAGAGGUGGUGGACGGAAACCCUGGCCACAGAAAGGUUUGGGUCGUGCUAGGCACGGUUCAAUCAGGUCUCCACUGUGGCGAGGUGGUGGUAUUGUGCAUGGUCCUCGUUCUGGAAAAACUCAUUUCUUCAUGUUGCCAUUUGAUAUGAGAAUUCAUGGUUUAACUUCAACCUUGUCUGCAAAAUUUGCACAAGAUGACCUGCAUGUUGUGAAAGAUUUAGAACUGCCAACUGAGGAGCCUGCAUAUAUAAUUGACCUGAUAGAGAGCAGAAAUUGGGGUCCUUCCGUACUCUUGGUAGAUGAUACUGAUUAUGCUCCUCGUAAUAUAACAGUGGCAACAGAUAAUCUUCCACAUGUGAAUAUAAUGCCAGUAUAUGGACUUAACGUUUACUCGAUGUUGAAGCAUGACACCUUGAUUUUAACACAUUCUGCAGCUCAAAAGAUUGAAGAAAGGUUACUUAUUCAUCUGCAUUCAAGUAUCACAGAACAACAAAUGAAAUUUAAACUUAGUCAAGUAUAAACUAUUGUAAUUUGUAAAAAUAAAAUAGAAGUACU